UACGACAUCCUUGGCGUGCGUCCCAGCGCGACCGAGGCCGAACUCCGCAAGGCCUACCGGCGAGAGGCGCUGCUGUGGCACCCCGACAAGUCCACGGCGCCGGCAGAGGUCGCAUCGGAGCGCUUCAAGCGCGUCUCGCACGCCUUCCACGUGCUCUCGGACGCGCAGCUGCGGGCGGCGUACGAC